CUCACCCCGCAACAGGGAGAACCGAGUUAUUUAGAAGAGUGCAACAGAAACAGAAAGCUAAUCAAACUAUUGCGGCCGUAAAACAUUCCAAAUGCUGCGUUGAAACUUAUCACAGCAGUCGCGUACUUCAUCGCAUUCCGCACGAUUCGGUCGACCUCUCGAAAUCCGGAAUAUGUCUUCGGUUCAGCUAGUGGUCUUGGCAGUUAACGGGCUGCUCCUAUGGGGAACCGCCUACGCGGGUGUUCCGCUCCAGCGGUACGAGGCCGUUCUUAAGCAACAGUCCGCCCCAGAGGACCGCCAACUGGGUCUCUAUGAUGACAGCGACAAGGUGGUUGGCCUCACAGUUUCCAACUUCGAUGAGACGGUGGUCAACAAGAGCCACGGUGCCCUGGUUGAGUUCUACAACUCCUACUGUGGACACUGCAGGAAUUUCGCACCCACCUACAAAAAGUUAGCCGAGCAGCUGCUCCCGUGGUCUGAAGUGGUCAUAGUGGCGGCCAUUGACUGUGCUGCGGAGGAGAAUAACGGCAUAUGCCGUACCUACGAGAUAAUGGCGUAUCCCACCCUGCGUUACCUCAGUCCGGGCUACCAGCCAGCUCCCCAACACUACGGGGAGCCUCUGAGAACGAUUGAUUUGGAUGAAAUCCGAGGACUACUGGCAGGCAAGGUGGCCGCCGAGAACCUGACCAGCAUAACAAACAACACCGCUUGGCCAAACUUUCAUCACAUAUCAGAUAGUGACUCGGCCAGCAGUCUGUUCGAGGGUCUAAGCAGCCUACCGCAGUACGUGGCGGUAGUUCACGAACCAGAGAACUCCACGCUGGCCAUCGAGACGGCCCUCUUCCUCCUUCAAUGGCCGGCGGUUCAAGUGCGCCGCGUCACCGAUCCAGAAGUGGCUGCCAAGUUCAAGGUAGAGCCGGGUACUAAUCCAGUAAGCCUUGUGGAUCGUAAGGGACACAUUAAGGCUUACUCGCCAGCAGCGUCGACAGGCGAGUCGUAUGCCCAAACGAUAGAGCAAGUGCUUCGCAAGGAGAGCUUUACUCCCAGGCCCGUGAAGGAAAAUAUCGUUGCUCCAGAAGCGAAAAAAACCCAGCCAACUGCCCUAAUCGAGGAGGUGCAUCGGAACAAACACUUUGUUUACCAGGCGGAUCUUGAGCAGGCCAUUCGCACGAUACUCCACAACGAGGUGCCCAAGGUGGGCGAGAUUAGCGGCGAGAAACUGCUUGCCCUUCAACGCUUCCUAGUCGUGCUGCAGCGUUACAACCCGCUGGGCUCCAAUGGCCGGCAACUCGUGACCAAGCUGAAGGACUACGUGGUCCAGUUCAACACCCAGCUGAGUGGCCAACAGUUUGAGCAGGAAAUGAAAAGGCUGGAGGGUGAGCUGUCACCGGUCUACUCUACUAGCCACUAUGUGGGAUGCACGGCAUCGAGUCCGCGCUACCGCGGCUACAGUUGCUCUCUGUGGACGCUGUUCCACUUUUUGACCGUCCAGGCAGCCAACAACGAAGCGUCUCAGGACCCGCUGGAGGUCCUGCAGGCCAUGCACGGGUACAUCAAGAACUUCUUCGGGUGUACCAAUUGUGCCGAACACUUCCAGGCAAUGGCAUCGAAGCGCAAAAUCUGGAACGUGCCCAACAAGGAGGAGGCGGUUCUCUGGCUUUGGGCCGCCCACAACGAAGUUAACCAGCGCCUGGCCGGCGACAACACCGAGGAUCCAGAGUUUCCCAAGAUUCAGUUCCCCAGCAAGAGUAGCUGCAGCGAGUGCAGACGCUCCCCCGAAUCGACGUCGGAGAACCUGGAAAUCGAGUGGAACAAGGAUGCCGUGCUGAGCUUCCUCAAAAACAUUCACAACCCGCAAUUUAUAAGCCGGUUCGGCGUGGAGAAGGAUGAAGUACUGCAUCCGACGGCGGAGAAAAUGCGGCAGAAACGGCAGAUCUCCAGCGUCUUCACCGACAUUGACAUGCGAAUGGGCAUGCUCCUGUACGCCUUCUGCAUUCUGAUGAUGGUAGUGGCCUUUAAGCUGUUUGCCUUCAAAGGAUAUCGCAAGAAGCCCUACGGACACGAUAUGCUUGGCAAGGUGUAGGCAGAGACUGCCUGCCAAUGGAAGCGCUUCCACUAACUCUAACUACACAUAAAGACACCGAACACCUCAAACCGAAAAUUACAAAUGACCACCUCCUGAAUGUUUUUUGUACUUGUAGCACUCAGAGUUAUGUUUAAGUCGAAAGUGUGUAUAUAUAUGUAUGAACAGUCUUCUUCCAGUUGUAGCAACCUAAUAAUAAUUGAUAUUAUCCGCUUUUUACAACGA